AAUCCCAGAAUUCCAGAAAAAAUGACAGAUGAGCCUUCGAGCAGUCAUCCGCCGCGGAGCAACUCCAUGAGCGCUACCUUCAACUACCUUCAUCUGGAUGCUGACAAGGUUCUUACGGCUUUCGGGAAAUAUGGAAGGUAUCAGAUGUUGGCGUAUGUCAUAACAACAUCUGUGCACAUGCUUUUCGCAUUGAACAUGAUGAUUAUGCCGUUUAUCACGAAAUCCGUCGAGUUUUUAUGUGAUCUACCGGAUCCGGAGAGCAUAGAUUCUGCGCACUUCUCGCCACUUGUCGGUGAUAGCUGUCAUCUCCAAGACACUCAGCUGAACAUCACAAUCGACUGCUUGGCAGUGAACGGAGCAUCUUACAACUAUCUCGCGGACAAAAAGUCCACGAUCACCAGUGAUUUCGAUCUGGUGUGUGAGUAUCAGGGUAUGGCGGAACAUGCGACAUCCAUUUUUCUUGUUGGCGGAAUGAUUGUAUCCCCAUUUGUGAGCCAACUCUCCGACAUUCUGGGUCGCCGCCCGUUAUUCCUUAUUCCCCUGUACAUUAGUGUGGCUGCAAACCUCAUCUGUGCAGCUGCUCCGAAUUAUUUAAUUUUCCUGCUCUUCAGGUUCAUUUCGGGUGUCGCUACUACGAGUUUCAGUAUGACGGGCUUCGUACUCUGCAUGGAGUCCGUCUCGCUGGAGUUCCGUUCCCUUAUCCCAGUUCUCACAACAAUUUCCUGGGUUGGUGGGUAUAUGCUGGCCGGCGUGUUCUACGUAUUUUUCAAGAACUGGCGAGUUCUGUACUUUGCCGCUUCAGUGCCAGGGCUUCUGACUAUUCCGUUCUUUUGGUUCACACCCGAGUCGUUGCACUGGCUGAUGACAAAGCAGAAUGAUCGGAAGAUCAAAAAAUACAUCAACGAGUCGGUGGCAUUUAAUAAGCAAACAAUUUCUCUGAUCGAUUGCCGGAAUAUUCAAACUGUCGAUAACGCGCCGGCCACUACAAAGACCAGAACGUUCCGAGCCUUGUUUUAUCCGAAGAUUUUUGUUCAUGUGGUUAUCAACUCGUUCAUUUUAAUCGUGAUGAGCGGAACCUACUGGGCACUGUCCCUCUACUCAACGGAACUUUCCGAAGACGAAACGACCGGCUACUUCCUAUCAGGCCUUGUUGAGCUCCCCGCAGGCUUCUUGUCUGUGUUCCUGCUCAUCGCGUUCAAACGGAAAACUGUCUCGUUCUACUCAUUGGCCUUUACCGCGGUGUUCAUGUUAUGUACCGUCUAUAUUCCGAUGCAAGGAAAUUAUAAAAUGAUCUUCCCGUUGUUGGCAAAAUCCACCAAUUCUAUUGUGUGGGCGUCUCAGCCAUUGUUGUAUUCCGAGGCAACACCAACGACAAUCCGGAACGUGUUCAGCGGAGUUGUCUCAUUUGUCGGAGAGUUGGGCUCUAUCGGAGCUCCGUACAUGAAUCGACUGACAGCAAUCAACCAGGACGCUCCCGCAAUUCUGAUCUCAAUAAUGUCGAUCGUCGCCGCUUUUCUGGUUCUUCUGCAGCCAGAGACCAAGAACAAGAAGCUUCCCGAAGAUCUCGAUCAAUUCGACGCCGGGCCAUUGUUCAGAGGAUGGAAGAAGCAGAAGGAUCUGGAAGCAUCGGAAGCAUCGGAAGAAGUUAAGGAGAAAGAAGAGGCUGUGGAGUUGUUGGAAGUGAAGAAAUGAAUUCGUGAAGUAAUAUAUAAAACUUAAUAAUUUAAUUUAAUUUAAACAAGUUGUUUGUAAAAAUUGUUGAUUUUUGGGAGACAAAAUAAAAACAUUUUUCAAAAAAUUAAAAU